GAUAUACAAAUCCAAAACCUGCGCUGCCUGCGCGUUUACGGCGAUUUGACGAACGUGUGCUGCUCGCGUGUUUGCUGGAGUUGCCGUGUAGUUCUCAAGCUCGCGUGCUUGAACAAAUGUUUGGAACACCGUGAGGUCGGCGAGUAGUGCCGUUUCAGCUCGUGCUGCUAGCAGAUGCCGUGUGUCUAGCGGCGCUCGUUGCAAAUGCGCCAGUCGUGGAACCAUGCCAGUCGCUGCUGGUGUCCAGGAAGGAUUCACCACUGAUGCUACGGUGCGUGCUGCGAUGUCCGUGUACGGCAACUGAUCGGCCGUCUGUGCGCUACGUUUGAGUGAGUGACGAGAGUGAGACAAUGACCGUCGAGCACUCUCCCUUGGACGGCCACGCCAAGAAGCAGCAGCAACAGCUGCAGCAACAGGAGGAGGCGGUCCGCCAGGUGAUCAACCAGUUAAAGGAGAUCACUGGUGUUGAGGAUCCGGCCAUCUUGAGUCAAGCUCUGGAGGCCAGUCGCACAGCCUCCGGCAACUACGACCUCACCCAUGCCAUCAGCAUGCUAGUCGAAGAAGAUGGUGGACCCUCUGUGCCUCAGGUUAGUACGAAGCUGCAGGUGGCAGGUGACGGGGCUGCCGCAGCACCUGGCAGCCAUCCUGGGGCAGCCACUUCCCCGCAGAAGCGCCCUGCCAAGGUCAUUGACCUCACAGGAGAAGGGGACGACCUCCAGAAGGCUAUUGCCCUCUCCCUACAGGAGCAGCAGGUUGCUGGCGUCUCUGCGGAGGAACAGGACAUCAGCCGUGCGUUGGAACAGAGCCUCGGAGGCAAGCGAAAGCGGGGCGCCGAGAACUGGUUAGACCCGAUCAAUCCCAACGAUCGGCGGCGGCAGGGUGACUGGCCCGUGGGAAUCAAAAACGUUGGCAAUACCUGCUGGUUCUCGGCUGUGAUCCAGUCUCUGUACCACCUGCCCAUGUUUCGGCGCCUAGUGCUGGCCUUUGAGCCACUCCAGGCAUCUGUGCGGGACGGUCGGCCGCUGCAGGAGCAACGCAGUGUGGGCCUCAUGCUGGAGCUGAGGGCCCUGUUUUCACUGCUGGCCGCCUCGCGACGCAAGUACGUCAACCCUGGCCGGGCACUCGAACUCCUGCGGGAUGCCUUUGUCGGAACGGCAGGAGGGGCCGGCGGAUCUCAGGGCCCCAACAACCAGCAGCAACAGCCGCAGCAGCAGUUGCCGCAGCAGCAGCAGCCUCAGCAGCAACAGGACGUCUCCGAGUUCACCCACAAGCUGCUCGAGUGGCUGGAGGAUGCCUUCCAGCUGGCCCACUGUGCCAGCCCAGGCUCCAUACCUCGCAUGGCACAGACAAACCCAAUGCUAGACCUUUUCUACGGACGCUUUCGAUGUGAGGGCGAGAAUGAAGGUCGGCACUUCUCCCGGGAGGAAGCCUUUGGCCAGUACCCUCUGCAGGUGAAUGGCUUCAGUGACAUCCAUGACAGCCUAGAAGCAGCCACCACCAGUUUGGAACCCGAGAGUGCAUCGACGUCACCUCGGCGACUGGGCCAGGAGACGUGGUUUACAAAGCUACCACCUGUGCUAGUGUUUGAGCUCUCUCGAUUCCGCUUUAAUCAGCAAAUGAACAAGCCCGAGAAGAUCCAUCAUCGGCUAGACUUUCCAGAGUUGCUCUACAUGGACAGGUACAUGGAGUACAACAAGAACAUCACCCGCAGCAAACGUGAAGAGGUUCGCCGGCUUAAAGCUGAACGGGAGAGGCUGAGGAGACAACUUGACAAGUACAUCCAGUACGGCUCGGGGCCCAAACGGGUGCCCCUCCAAGACGUGCUGCAAUACACUCUCGAGUUCGUCGAGAGCAAAGCCUCUCAGCAGAGAAACGAGGAGGCGGAGAUGGGCUCACCGUCGUCAAGCCUAGGUCUCUGUUCUCCUGGCAGCUCACCACCGGACGAGGGCCUUUCGAGGGGAGAGAGCCCUCGUAACCUGAAUGAUGGGCCGAGCCCACAACACGUGUCGGAGCCCGAACUAAGGCUGCUGCAGAGCUGCUUGCGGCGGUGGCAGUCAGAGGUCGAGCACGAUGUCAAAGAGUUGCAGGAUAGCAUGAGCCGCAUCGAUGCAACCAUUCGUGAUAUUUACACAGAGCCGUCGUUGCUACAGGUGCCGUACCGGCUGCACGCAGUCCUGGUGCACGAAGGCCAGGCCGCUUCGGGCCACUACUGGGCCUAUGUGUACUGCCCGCACCGAUCGGCCUGGCUCAAGUUCAACGACGUCACAGUCAACGAAGUGACGUGGGCUGACCUCUUGCACGACUCAGUCGGGGGCCACCACUGCACGUCCGCCUACUGCCUGCUGUACGUGGACCGCAACAAUCGUGAUCUCUUUGAUGGUGCUAAGGACUCCGAGAUGGAGCUUCCCACAGACCUGGCCCAGUACGUGGAGGCAGACAACGCUGCCUUCCGUGCGGAGCUUGAGAAGUGGGACCGGGACCACAGCGACAAGGGCACAGGCUCUGCCUCUGGCGUGAACGACAUCGUGGUCACUCCAGUGCAGCCGCAGCAGGAUCGGCCGAUAGCUGUGGAGCAUAGUAGCGGCGGUGGUGUGCUCAGUUCCAGCCCCUCGUGGCCUGCGUUGCAGCAGGAGCAUGCUCAGUUGGCCCAGGGCUGGACCCAGGGUCGGCUGGCGAACCUGGGACCCAUACUUAGCGCCGAGGGGCCCCGAGGUGCCUUGGCAAAGGCACUCGACCAGGAGCUUGCACGCCUUCAGCGGCUAGCCCGCCUGGCACAGCAGCACGCGGCUGCGUCACCAUGGCCGGGCCGACCGAGCGGCGCCGACGAGGAAGACCCACGGCUACAGCACAUGGGCCUUUUUCUGCUGCUCAACGGCGCGCCUGUGCAGCCGCACCUGCAGAGAGUCUUGCUCGAGCAGUUUUCCCAGCCCGAGUUGGAGAAGGACCCCAUCGGGGCACCUCUGAGACAGGAGGCCCUGCGCUGGCUCUCAGAGCUGUCUCCGUCGGGUGCGGCUGGGGACGUGGAGGUUGAGGCGAUGUACCGAGGAUGGCACAUGCUGUACUGCCGCUUUCGGCAUCUGGCCAGCGCCCUAACCGUCGGACUAGAGCACUUCUGGACGCACCGGCUGCCCUCGGCUGUCCACCUGCUGGGGGCCGCGUGCACCAUCAACGAGGCCCUGCUCGCCCGUCCACCGCCUGCUGAACCCCACUCUCGGUACCUUGGUUUCGACCCGAGGCUGCUGGCGUACUGCCGACGCAUGGCACUGCUGGCCCUGAAUGAACACUGUGCGCGACAGUUUGAAGAAGGCAGCCUACGGGACGCUCUGGGUGCCCUGAGGCUGAUGACGGACACUGUGCUGCCGAACCUGUCACCCCUGCUGAGCCCCCUGGCAAACGCACUUGACACGCGGGCCGUCGAGGAAGUGCGCAGCCGCUGGUGUGCCAUGCUGGGGCUCGCCAUGCCAGCCGAGAAGCAGGAGCAGCUGGAGGACAUGUUGAGCAAGCUGUUGGAUCCCAGCGUGGACACCCCGCCUCCGUCUCCGCUGAGCAUCCCCCGAGUGACGAACCUGUCGGCUGCCUACGAACAGGCCAUGCGGCGACUCACCUCCUCCAAAAACUUUGAGACAGCACUCCUCGAGGAGGGCGUUCCUUCCCUCUCCUAGCCCUCCUUCAUUCACCCUCUUUCCCUAAUACUGCUUAGUCAUGGCUGGGUUGCUGCUGCUCGCCAAGAAGGGAGGCUUUCAAAAAAAAAAAGAAAAAAAGAACACAUUUUCUUUCGCCUCAUGUCAAGUCGCUACGGUUUGCUCACUAAUUUAGUAGUACCUCAAUAUUAAUCGGUCGUCUUGAGAAUCUUAGUCUAAUAUAAAUUGACAUUCGAGCAUGCGAGAUAUUUUUAUUUAUUCAUUUUGUGUACUUCGAUUGUAUAAAGUUUAUGGUUUGACUCCAAGGCAGGAAGCGAGAAAUUGUACAUUAGGGUGUGGCAAUGCUUAUUAAGUUAACUUAAAAUCAUAGAAAAGCAAAGAACAAAAUGAAAAAAUUAUUUGAAAUAACAGACUGAAGUCUUUUGAUAUUGCAGUUCAGUGUGUACCUUGUGUCAUUCAUAAUUUAAUAUAUAUGCUGUGACAAAGUUCAGAAUCGUACCCUCUAUUAUUCAGAGAUAUCUAAUUCGUUUUCCUAGCGUCUUCCGUGCUUGCAUGGGUAGAUAGUGCAAAGCAUCUUGAAUUUUCUCACUUUUCUUUUUGCUCUUUGGUGGAAGACAUGCAUCUUUGUCUAUUGUGCAAAUGGGAACUAACCACAUGUGAUUAUUCCCUUGCUUUCUUCUUUUUGGUCCCCUACUUUGCUCCGAUCAACGAGUUUGGUGUGGCCCAAAACUUGUUUCACGAGAAUCUCGAUGCGCAGUCACGAAGCCGUGAUGUCGUGUAUAUACAUGAACAGAUUGCGGGACUAGUUUUGUAUCGCGUGCCUAUACCUAACCUGGUGGUUUAUAGUACAAUUCGCUACACCAGUCAGUGUCAUCUACGACCCUGCUCAAUUCGAUGCCCCUAGUGAAAUGAGCCUUGUUUGCACCGUAAUCCUUUGAACUUAAUUGAUGUCUUCACGGGCACGCUUGAUCGGUUUGCGCCACUGGGGUCACGUGGCGUGCUUCGCCGAGUUCGAAUGAAGGUGAUUGAGGUGGGAACAGACCCGGUGACUUUGUCGUCUGCUUUAGCGGAGUGUCAUCUUUAAUGAAUCGUGUCUGCACUGAAUGCCUCACAAACGAUUCUGGUGAAUAAGCUAGCGCUGUAUACUCUGUAUCCUGUUGUCCCUUACUUGGAUGACAUGCUUUGCGGCAGCCGCACUCUUUUUAUAGUGUAGUUUUGUCGGGGUCGGUAGUCAAGCUUUUGGUCAUCGUCUGUUUGCCGAUUGCGUCCGCGAUUCGCCGAAAGAGCAGGGCACAAACAAUGCAAAUGAGCUUUGCAAUGCUCAUGCAAGUGUCUCGUGUGUGUUUGUGUGUCCAAGUCGCAGUUUAUAGAAGUUGCAUGUGUGUAGCGAGAGGAUGUUUGCCACAAGAUGGGUGUGGGCAAAAAAAGAAAAGGUGCAGGACUUGUGGUGCGCUACUCAAAACUCGGUUAUUUCGAGAACAUGCUUUUAUGCUCAGCACUUGCAUGAUGUGAUGUGCGUACCUAGUCUCGGGGUAGUCAAUUUUCUUGUCAGGCAAUGCAUGGUAAGGCACGCUUACAGAGUUUUCAGAAGUUGCUAAGAGUCUCAUGUUAGGCAAGCUGGGUAAAACAAACUAAAUUAUUGUAGCAUUUUAAAGAUUUCGAGAUAGCGGAUUUUAGAGUGAUUAUGGAAAUCCUUUUUAAGCAUGACAUAAGUAGUUUCUAAAAAGGCUCUAAUGCCUGCCAAACUAUCUGUCAAUGAGUCAAACUUUUAGGUCUUGGGCUUUAUUUUUCCAGUGACCUUAUGUACCGGUAUGUACUGAGAGCUGAUAAAUGGCUCAUACUUCAUUGCUGUUACACUGUCAAAGUUGGUCAAAAGCAGCAUUGCUAACUUAUCCUUUCACGAGAACUUUAAAUAAUUCAUGUUGACGUACACGUGGCAAUUAUUGCUUUUAAGCAGAUAAAGUGCCCCAAUAUAACCAUGUUUUUCUUAUGUUGUGUCCAAAGCUGCGAGAAUGCUCAAAUUGCUAGGGGACAAUCUAGGAUCAAAUCGGAAUGAUAAAUACUGACAGAUAGUCAUUUUGCCCUGCAUUUGACAACUGUUUCAUAAUGUCAGAUGAAUCAAGCAAUGUUCCAGUGUAAAAGUGGCGCUUUCGAUGCCUGUGAUAUUUCUAAAGCAUUGCCAAGAUCACAGAACCAUCGACACUGAUCCUCCCCCACCCCCUCAUGGAGUACGGUAUUAGGCAUAAUGGUGCAUUCAGUGCAAGCAUGCUGUGGUUCAUAGAGUCCUGUUUUUGUGCAGGAAGUCGUUCAAAUUGGCCAAAUAGGCAGCUACCUCAGUGAAUGCCUGUAAGUGGUGCUUUGUGUCCUGUGCCCGUCUUUCUUUGCCUGCGUCAUCUAGCGCUCAGAAUCUCGUGUAUGCGUCGUUGCUUCUGUUAUGCUAACUCCUGAUUGGUUGAAUUUGAAAAUUGAGGUGGCUUUGAUUGUCUUCACGAUGAUGCAGCACUAUCGUAGUAAUGGGUCUGUUCCGAGUAAUCUCUAGCACACAGGGUUUUGUGGUGUUGGUGACCUGCACGAUGGUACCGUGGUUGUACCAUGUGGUGCACUGGUUGUUGGUGCUGCUAUUUUGGGUGUGAGCACCCGUACUGUUACACAUGCUGUGAGCCAUGUCACUGAGGCACGGCUAUGUCAUGUCGCAGCUACGUAAAAGGUGUCGAAAGUAUUUUUAUAAUUUCUUCGUGCACGUCGACACAAAAUGUGAGAGGUUUAUUUUGGACGUGUGCACACUUGCAGCUGAAAGUCACUGGUCCUGCUAAUGAAAAGACUACACAUUCCGAUGAGAGUUAGUGUUCACGACUGACAAGGCUGCUAUUGACAAUGGUCGCCAAGGAAACCAUUGAAACGGGCUGUGCCUCGUGCAUCGGCUUUCUGCGAUUCGUUGCCUCUUGAUCUUUCAUGCAACUGGGUGUGGGGAGUUUGUUACCGCAUCUGAACGAUUUAUCCCAGUGAACGGUCCAAAAGCCAUGCUUGUUGCUUGCCUUGGCUCACUUGGACGAAUCGGCUUGCAGUGUGCGACAAUCUUCCGUUCAGCACUUUGUCGAUGAGGCGUGCAGCUGUGGAAUGUGCUUCGAAGCCAUCUCAUGACCUUGCCUAACUUCACCUUGUGUCUGAGAUUUCCAGUCCCCGAACAAAAGACCCCCUUGUUUAUUUCAACACCUCUUCGUGCAUUUGUGUUUGUCAUGUUGUAGUCUGGAAGUACUCGUUAUGUUUUGUUUUCUAACAAGAUUUGAAUGUGCUUUCUAUUUAACCACUCAUGCUCAAGCGGCACGCUCCUCCUCCACCCUUUAUCCUCACCUGUCACAAAUUCUUCUAGUUGUAGGAUGAAAAUAUAUUCUAGUGACAAUACGAAAAGUGAUGUUUCGAAAAUUUUUGUUUUAAUUGUUGUGAGUCUCUCUCGCUCUGUUUGCGGGCAUUGUUGCAAUUAUUUCUGAAAGUCUUUUGUUCUUUUUUUUUCUGAUGUGGGAAUUGCACAUAGAUUGCAUUUCACUGUUAACUCUCGACGGUGCCUAUACCAAAAUAUUUGCUUCCUUAGCGACUUGUAAAUUUCUGUACAAAUGUAAAUAAAUACCGUUGUUUGCGUUGCA